GCCGUGUACACCAAACGACUGCCAAUUGACGUAAACUUAUAGAAUGGCAAAUAAAAUCAUAUUUAUUGGACUCAUCGUCGCUCUGCUCCACGUGGCGAGCGCAGAGGAAGCUAACCCCGAGCCUUAUAUGAAUGAUGCUCCUUUAACAAUAUACGUGGAUGCCGGGAAGGAAAUAGACCAAUUUCUUAGCUUAGCGAAAUCAAUCGACGGAAAGCUAAGUGUUUUAGGGGAUGCACUGGAAAGGAUGUCGGCGGAAAUCAAGGCAACGGAGGUACGGUGUACUCAAAAGGUGUCUAAAUUGGAAAGGAGAGAAUUAAGAAACCAGCAGACAAGACGGAUGUUGGUGGAAGUCAAAGCAACCGCGGAGAGGAUGUCAGCGGAAAUCAAAGCAACCGAGGAACGGUGUACUCAAAAGGUGUCUGAAUUGGAAAGAAAGUUAGAAGAUUUAAUAAAUUUUGCAUAUAAUUUUUCUAGUGCAAAAAGUGCAUUCGGAUAUUCUUACGAUGAGUGA